GCUCUUCUCUUCUUUUAAUUUUAAUUUUAUUUCUAUUUCUAUAUUUUUUUUAACCUUUCCCUCUUCUCUCUCUCUCUCUCUUUCUAACUCUCGAUCUUCACGGCCUGCCUGUUUUUCGAUCUUCAAUUUUUAGGGUUUCAACUUUCAACUAUCUCGCCCACCUAUUACUGAAAUCUUCUUUUCUUGUUUGGUAAGACCUAGAUUUCUGCUCUAUCUUCUAGGGUUUACAGAUCUACACAUCUCUCUCUGCUCAAAUAUUUCCUCUGGAGAUGUUUUGGAAGCUCACUGCUCUGUCCGCUUCUUCUCCUGUGGAGUCGGUGCUCGACAAGGAAAAUUUCACAUUGGAAGAGCUUCUUGAUGAGGAAGAAAUAAUCCAAGAAUGCAAAGCUUUAAACAGUCGUCUUAUCAAUUUUCUACGAGAUAGAGCGCAAGUAGAGCAAUUGUUACGGUAUAUUAUUGAAGAAGCUCCAGAGGAUACUGAAAGCAAACGAGCAUUCAAGUUUCCGUUCAUUGCCUGUGAGAUAUUUACGUGCGAAAUUGAUGUUAUUCUUAAGACUUUAGUGGAAGAAGAGGAGCUAAUGAACUUACUCUUCUCUUUCUUGGAACCCAACCGACCUCAUAGUGCGUUGCUGGCUGGGUAUUUCAGCAAGGUUGUUGUUUGCCUUAUGGUUCGCAAGACUGUCCCACUAAUGAAUUAUGUUCAAGCUCAUCAGGAUGUCUUCCGUCAACUUGUUGAUUUAAUUGGAAUAACAUCCAUCAUGGAGGUUUUGGUUCGGCUGGUGGGGGCAGAUGAUCAUGUAUAUCCCAAUUUUAUUGAUGUGAUGCAGUGGUUGGCUGAUAGCAAUUUGUUAGAAAUGAUUGUGGACAAAUUGAAUCCUUUUAGCCCUCCUGAAGUCCAUGCUAAUGCGGCAGAAACAUUGUGCGCAAUAACUCGAAAUGCUCCCUCGGCUUUGGCUACUAAACUGUCUAGUCCAAGUUUUGUUGCACGGAUAUUUGGCCAUGCACUGGAAGAUUCACAUUCUAAGUCUGGCCUUGUUCACUCACUUUCCGUGUGCAUAUCUUUACUGGACCCAAAAAGAUCUGCAGUGUCUUCUCCCUUCUUACAUUCUUUCCGAAGUCAGCAUAUGUACGAGUCUCCAAUCCCUGUAAAUCCAGAAACUAUCACUGCAAUGCUGCCUAAACUUGGUGAUCUGCUUAUGCUAUUGAAUGUGCUGUCUGAUGAGAAAAUAUUACCAACAACAUAUGGUGAACUAAAGCCUCCUCUUGGGAAGCAUCGGCUAAAGAUUGUUGAGUUUAUUGCGGUGCUAUUAAAAAUGGGGAAUGAAGCUACCGAGAAGGAAUUGGUCAGCUCUGGAACCAUUAAAAGGGUCAUUGGUCUAUUCUUCGAGUACCCAUACAAUAAUGCAUUACAUCAUCAUGUGGAAAGUAUUAUAUUAUCAUGUUUGGAAACAAAGAGCGAUGCAAUGGUUGAUCAUGUUCUACGAGAGUGUGAUUUUAUUGGAAAAAUUCUUCACAGGGAUAAAAACCCCAUUGUUUCUGGUGAUGUUAAUCAGCCAACUGUGCCUGCUGCUGGAAAACAGGGACCACGAGCAGGCAACCUGGGCCAUAUUACACGAAUUUCUAACAAGAUUGUUCAGUUGGGAAACACCAAUGUGCACAUUCAGACAUAUCUACAGGAAAAUAGUGAAUGGAAUGAAUGGCAAGCCAGCAUUCUGCAAGAGCGUAAUGCAGUUGAAAAUGUCUACAGAUGGGCAUGCGGCCGACCAACGGCACUGCAAGAUAGGACAAGGGAUAGUGAUGAGGAUGACCUUCAUGACAGAGAUUAUGAUGUAGCUGCCCUAGCGAAUAACUUAAGCCAGGCUUUUAGAUAUAAAAUGUAUGGAAAUGAGGAUAAUGAAGAGGACAAUGGUGGCCUUGAUAGAGAUGAUGAGGAUGUCUACUUUGAUGAUGAGUCUGCUGAAGUAGUGAUAUCAUCCCUGCGGCUUGGUGAUGACCAAGGGAGCAGUCUGUUUACAAAUUCAAACUGGUUUGCGUUCCAAGAUGACCGAGUUGGUAAUGCCCCUGUGAGUACAUCACCUGCGGAGAUGAUGGACGAGAUAAAUUUGAAUGGGAAUGCUAAUGGUGGUAACAGCAGUAGUGAUGAUGAGGUGGUAGUUGGAGAAGAUGACGAGUUAACUGAGAACAAACAUUCUGUUAAUCCUGCAUCCACUUCCAGCACAAACAUUGCAAAUGGAUUUCCGAUUCCACAGAGUGAGAAGACAACUACUCCCAAUGAUAUUGGAUUCUUCAGAUUUGACACUCCAGACAACGAAGACUUGUUUGGAGACAGGCCAUUCCCAGAAUGGGUAGGAUGGGGAGAAUCAUCGGAUUUGCAAAUAGGCGGGUCAAGUGCAAAUCCAUUUGAAGAUCAUGAUAGCUCUGAUGUCAAUCUUUCCAGUCAAGCGGAGGUAGCAACUCCUGAUGUUAAUUCCCCUGCAAGUGGAGAGUCCAUACUACCAAAUGGCUCAUCACCCACGAAGAAUUCUAGUGACGGGUCCAUGAGCAAUGAUGCUAGCCAUAAAUCUGCAACUGUGCCAUCGUUGUUUGAAGAGGAUGUUGAAUUUGUUGGUGUGGAAUUAGAAGGAACCGAGAAGGCAAUGGAACAAGCUCUAAAAGAGGGUAUAGUUGGUGAAGCAGGGCCUCUGAAGAGGAACAUGAUCCCGAAGGUUCUGGAAAAGGAGAACUCCGAUGAUGGUGGAGCUGGGAUUAAAGAAUUUAAUGACGCAAACUAUUGGAGGGUUGAUCAAGAGGUUGCUGUUCUGGAGUGAUGGUGAGUUCAGCCAAUUUGAUCUUUUAGCUCAACCUCAAACUUUGGAAUCCUGCAGCCAAGGAAACCCCCAAUUUUGGUUGGCAAGAGCUCAUGCACAAGCACAAGACGCAGACAUAUGUACAGUAUAUUUUUGUUUCCAAAUGGGGAUUGGAUGGUAGGUUGGUUAUGAAAUUACUGCUCCUAGUGUUAUUGUUACACUUAUUGUUGUUUAUUAUUUAAGGUUUUGUUUCUUCUUGUCA